CGCAUGCGCGGAACGCUUGGCCUUUGUGCGCAUGCUCAGUGGAUCACGAGGCCAGGUCCCGGGUAUUUUAAUCCUUUGCGGAAGAAAGGAUAAAAAAAGGGGAGGGGGGGGGAGAGAGAGAAAGAACAGCCUGGAAGGACAAAGCGUGGCUUCCCCCCUCUCCAUCUUGUGAGGUUGGAUUGAUAGAAUUGCAGCAAAAGAGGAAGGAAGUACGUUGCCUUCCCUUUCGGUUGCCUGUCUGUUGCUCUGUUUUAGGAAUGAAGUAUGACCAGCCCGGAGGCAUACCAGGUUAAACACACCUACCUAAGCUGCUCCUCUUAAGGCUUGGCAUCCAGACCUUUGACCAUUUUGGUUGCCCGUCUUUGGACCCAUUCCAGUUUGUUAAUGAUAAUCUGGAAUUGCAAAGCCCAGAACUGGACACAGUAUUAUUCCAGGUGCUGGGUAGAAGGGCCUUUAGUGAAGGAUCCAAGGCGAGUUACAGUGAUUGUGUCUUUCUAAGCCAACGCUGAUCAUCUGUCUGGAGCAAGGGGAGGCUAUGUGGGCCCCUGAUCUAAUAGAGUACCAGUACCCAUACCAAGAAAAGAAGAUUCUGGCAAAUCCACAUACAGCAAACGUGUACACCGAUCUGCCAGCAAUUCGCACCCAGAUCCACCCUGCACCUCAAGCCAUGAUGUCCGCAGCGAAUGCCAACAGAGCGAAAAGGGCCAGGGGGAUGUCCUGGAGCCCGGCAGAGACAGAAGAACUCAUUGCCAUCUGGGGCGAGCCAAUAGUGCAAGAGCAACUCCAUGAGUCACAUAGAAAUUUAGAUGUGUUCGAGAAAGUGGCGGAGAAGAUGAGAGCUAUGGGCCGUGACAGGACAGCUGAGGAGUGCAGGACCAAGACCAAAUCGCUCAGGUCGAAGUACAGAGAGGCUUGUGAGCAUAUAGCCCGCAAUGGAAGGGCCUCAAUUUCCAUGCCCUAUUUCGAUGAGCUAGACAACAUUCUCCGGGGGGAUGGCACCCUACAGGUUAAGCGUAUGCCACAGAGCACCGGUAUCCAGAAAGUAACGGUCGGCCAGGCAUCCACCAGCCAGCAGCAGGCAGAUGGGACCAUGGCAGAGGGCUCCCAGGAAUUCUACCAGAACUCUCAAGGGGACAUGCUUGAUACCGUGGAUUCAAAGGACAACAUCGUCCUCCUCAAUCCUAUGGAAGACAUUGCAGACACAGCCUCUGCAUGUGGGGAAGCGUCCUCAGUGUACUCAAAGGCAAGCACCCACCCUCCUCCCUCCCCUGUGGCAAGAUCCGUUUCGCCUGCGAGUGAGGAGAGCCAUGGAGAGCAGGCUGCCGAGGGUCCCGAGAGCAAUCUGUUGUGGACGUCAACGCCAAGGGAGCAAGGGGCCACGGUAGCCAAUCGGAUGGCUAUGCUUCCCCCAUCGGUCAGGCUGGGCGAGCACCGCAGGAGGAGAGACAGGAGAACCGUGAUUGCAGCCACAUCCUCUGCAACUGACCGCAUCCUUCAGCACUCAGUCGCACAAAUGAAAGCGCUCAUGGAACAUCUGGAGAGGGAGAGGAUACAGCAGCAGGAAUACCUGGAGAGGGAGAGCGUGCGUCAGCAGGAGCUCCGAGACAGGGAGAGCGCACGCCAGCAGGAAUUUCAAGAGUGGGAUGUGGAGUUUCGUCAGAGGCAGUGGGAGAGGGAAUGCAGGGAUCGGGACCGUCUUAACGAAAACAUUGAAGCACAGACAGUACUGCUGGCUAGGCUGGUGGACCUCUUGGAACAGAACAAAGGCUGUGUCUGUGGAGGGGGGAGGGAAGCAGCCCAUGGCCAGGCAUCCACAUACAUCCCUGUGCCCCAGGGACUAGUUCCUGCCAUGGAGGUAGACCCCCAGGAGACUCACUACCAAGCUGCAGCCACUCCCCCACCCACUCGUUCCCAGGUGGAGCCAUCAGAAAACCCCUCUCCUACAGAGCCACCAAGUCUCAAACGCCCAGGAAGGCCACUCAGAUCCCAAACGCGCCAUAGCAAGUUCUCAUGAGUAGGUGUGGUGUCAAAUGAGGGACCUCCAUUUAGUUCUGGAGCAGCACCCUGGAACCUCUCUCACUUCUAGCUAAAGUACCGCAUUAUGGCCCCAUAUCCUCCACCUAAUCUAUUGCAACAAAGACCCAGCACAACUGUAUGUUUAAAAAUGGCUAUGAAUAGUAUAAAACAGUGCAACCGGGAAGGAACAAGGGGGAACGCAUACAGAGGCAGGCAUGCAUCAGGUGGAGGGGAACGUGGGCUGUGGAACGGAGGCAUUCCAGCACUGCAGUUGCUGCUCCUCAGCUCCCAUCUGCUCAAGUUAAGGGACUGAAAGGCAAGAGGAAGUUAGAAGAGGAUUUGGGUGUUGUGUGGUUUGUGGCUGUAUGGCCGUGUUCUAGCAGCAUAUUCUCCUCUAACAUUUCGCUGGCAUUUUCAGAAGGACCUAUACAACCCAUGGCAUCAUGAUGUCCACACUGAGCACUCCCAUGGUAGUCCAGCAUGGGCACGCAUUCUGCUCAUGCUCCAGAUACAUUCCCACACUCCCUUUCUAAUGAGCAAUGGGACUCACACUGUGCCCUCUCUGGGUCCUGGCAGGCAAUGAAACAGGGCAUGAGGGAUUGUGUGACUCCUCUUUCUUCUGCUGGCUGCUUUAAAAGGUUUUUUAGUUUUAAUUCUUCUAGAGAUCUCAGUUUAUCCCAAUCCAUUAUCAGUGUUUUCUUGCACAGUUGGACAUCCCUGCUGGGUAUUUGAUUUUGAUACGUUUCUUCCACCAAAAUGGACUCUCAUCCAGUUCACAUAGGCAAUGGGUUGUUGUAUGUUUUCCGGGCUGUAUGGCCAGGUUCCAGAAGUAUUCUCUCCUGAUGUUUUGCCCACAUCUGUGGCAGGCAUCCUCGGAGGUUGUGAGGUAUCCCGGCCAUGAAAGCCUUUGACAACACAUAGGCAUUUUUAAUCUGUUGGGCAAGGCAUUGAAGGCUUUUUUGCCCUUAGUUUUGUGUGAUUUUUUUUGUUUUUCCUCAGAAGAUAAAUUUUAUUUGCUUCCCUGGUUCAUGUCUGCGUGCACCAUCUGCUCAUGGAAUCAACUUGUUUUUCUCAUUCCAAUUCUGUUGAUUUUGUUGUUUUUAUUGGUUUUUUCCUUAGAACCAAUUGUUUUUGAUCAUUCUGUUAUAUUGUUUUCCUUUUCCUUGUUCUGUUUGUGUGAUUCGUUUUGUAAUUCCUAAGAUUUGCUUUGUUUCCAUUGGUCUAUUGUUAAGGUCCUCCUUAAUUCUGAUUUCUAUUUGCAAAAUCUCUAGUGUUGACAUCAUUUGGUGCUAAUCAUAAAUAAUAAGAUAAGAAAAGAAUAAAUCAUUGUAAGGAGUUAAUUUACAAUCUUACCUUCCAUCAGAAAGGAACAUAAAUUAUUCACUUGUUAAAAUAGACUUAGUUCUUAUCUCUGUUUGGAAUGUGGACUGCUCUUCUCUCUUUAGUUUUAAGUUACAGUCUUUAUAAUUCUGAAACAUUAAUCUUUUCUUAGCUUUGAGGUUAUUGAGAGCUGUCAUAGAAUUAUUAAUAAAAUAUUUGUAUGAUUGUGA